AUGGCCAAUGAGAAACAUGUCAAUUCAAAAGGCCAUGAAGUAAUAGAACUAUGCUGCAAAUCAGUGAAGGGUGUCAAAUUCUCAGAAGCAGAUGGUGUAAUUGGCAGUAAGACGCAGAGUUGUGAGCUACCCAAACAACAAAGUCUCUGCAAGCUGUUCUCGGAUGCUAUGGCUUCAUCGUCAUUCUCUUCGUCAACAUCAUCCACGUCCAUUGAAGGAGACAAAUGUGUAACUGCAGAAACUAGUAGUUCUGACAUGCCCAACAAAGCCUUCGCUAAGACUAAAGAAGCAAAUAAGCAUUGCGAUAACAAGUACUCUGCUGAGCCUAGUAACAGAGAGAUGUCUGCUCCAUUCAUUGAUCUGAAUAUGACACCACCAGAAUGUACUGAUUUAGGCUGCACCUACGAUUCAAAUUUAGAGGUGCCCAAUCUUGAGCAUAGACAUGAUGAAACUUUAAGUUCUGAUGCUGAAUUGCUCGCUGGUGGAGAAAACUUGAUGAAUUUAUCUUUUGGCUCACAGGGACUGGAAAGCCAACCACCUGCUUCUGACUUUGAAAAAAUAAAGAGUUCAAGAUGGGCAGGCACAUUUUUGAAUGGUGAGGCAAUCAAUGUUUCCGACAUAGAUGCUGUUGGUUCUCCACUGAGCUUAAGAGAACUCGCUGAGACUCGUUGGGGUUGCAGUAAUGUUUCAGUAAAUGAUACCAUGACUAUGAGUACAUAUCCUUGUGCAUUGCCAGACCAGACAUUUCAAGAUUCAUUUACGCAGCACAAGACUUGGUUCUCCAGAAAUCUGAAUAAUGUUGGCUCCCAGCUUUCUCGUGAAUGUAAUGUGUCUCACAGCACGGAGUUAUAUUCUCGUUCUGAGUUGAACGUGGGGCACGAGUGUAGUCCUUCUACGGGACAGACAGUUCGUUUGAUGGGUAAAGAUCUUACAGUUUGCACGACCAGAGGUGAAUCGUUUGCUGAAACUGCACAGAAACAUACAGGAACUUCCACCAAUGACUAUCUUAAGGCAAAUGUAUUAUUGCCACAAGGACAGCCUUUUUUCUCUUUACAAGCUCAAAGUUUCCCCAAUGUUGCGGUAAAUUCUACCAGAACAACUCAAGCUUCAACAUAUCAUGCAAGCACAAGUCACGCACAUUUUGGGUACAGGACUCCACAUGAUUUCAGUCACCCGUUUCCUGCAGCUAAUAUAUUUUCUGGAGAUCGAUUGCCAUAUGAAAGCAGGUAUGGUGGUUUUUCAAACUCACGGACCAAUCAGACUUUUCUAUUGGGGUGUCCACCUCUUCCGAAUCAUAGCAGUGCAGCAUUCCAUCAGAAUACACCGCGUCCUUGGCGUUAUUUCUCUGAUCCCUUCGCUGGGGAUGAACCACCUGCAGCACCAUUUUUGCCUGUAACCGGACAGCAAAGGACACCACCUUCAGUGUUCCAUGCCGAUUUACCUCGUCAACAUGUUGUGCAUUCAGCAAGGUCGUCGGUUUGCCCUCUUAACUCUGUGAGUUAUACACUCAGCCAUCCAGGCCAGGUAAUUCAAGAAGUUUCCAACAGCACAGGAGAUGCAGCCCUUCUGUCCAGAAAUACAGAGAACCGAAUGAGGAGAGCUGUUCCUGACAAUUCCAAUGCUUCUUCUAGUUGUCGCAGUGUGCAGAAGAGAUCAGGACCGGUGAAGCUCACUCCCGGCGCGAAGCAUAUACUGGUGCCAAGCGAUAGCACACAUGGCGAUUCUAUGCCUGUGUACUCCUGUUUAUCCUUCGGAAGUAGGAGCGGAAAUGCUGCAGGGUCUCAGAACAAAGGAGCAUGA